AUGAACGGACUAUUAAGAUUAAUUCGAAUCAUCAAAUUGUAUUACAUCAUUGUAUGUUAUCAACUAAUUGAAUUAAAUCAUAUUGUUGAAACUAUAUUUCUACCUUCUUCUUCUUCUUCUUCUUCUUCUUCUUCUUCUUCUUCUACGUCAUCAUCUCCAUUUAUUGUUUAUAAUCUUUCUGGUAUACCUGGACAAGGAUAUUAUAUGACAGUUUAUAUUGGUAAACCAAAUCAAAAAAUACACUUACUUGUUGAUACUGGUAGUAGUAACUUAGCAAUUGCUGGUAGAAAUUUAACAAAUGUUGACAAUUGGUUCGAAUCUACCAAAUCAUCUACAUUAAGAUGUAGUGACCAUUUAAUUCAACAUGUACAUUAUUUGAAAGGUUAUUGGUCUGGUGUUUAUUGUCAAGAUGAAUUUGAUUUUACAAAUAGACAAGAUACAACAAUGAUCAAUCGUUAUCCAAUGAAUAAUAAUAAUAAUAAUAAUAGAAUUCAUAUGUCAUUUAGUUUAAUUUUUAAUUCAACUAAAGUAUUUCUAUCACAUACUAAUAUUACAUGGUAUGGAAUUAUUGGAUUAGGAUUUAAUUCAAUUUAUAUUAAACCAAAAUCAAUAAAACAUCAUAAGAAUGAUCAAAUCAAUUUAUUGAUUGAUUGGAAAAAUCAAUUUAUGAAUCAAAUUAUAAAUAAUAAAAAUCAAUUCACUUAUUUAGAUCAAUUAAAUUCUAUAUGGAAUAUUCAUAAACAAUUUGGAUUAUUAUUAUGUGGAACUACUAUGUUCAACGAUCCAGAUAUGAAUUCACGAAAGAUGUCAGGCAAACUAAUCAUUGGUCGAACAGAUUUAAAUCUCCUCUGGCCGUUUACUUAUAUUACUAGUAAUAUGUCAUCACCGAGAAUUCCAAGCUUUAACCUAUCAACAGUUUAUUACACACCUAUUCGAAAAGCAUGGUAUUAUGAAAUAAUUCUGACCAAUCUUUUGAUUAAUGAAUAUAGUAUAGUAGACAAUUGUAAAGAGUUAAAUUUACAUAAAACAAUUAUUGAUAGUGGAACAACGAAUAUUUAUUUACCAAUGAAAAUUUUUCAACAAUUCAUUAAUAUUCUAUUCAUGAAAUAUAUAAUCACUAAUAAAAAUUAUAUAAAUAUAAUGAAUAAGAAAUUAUUUUGGCUUGGUAACAAUGCUUAUUGUUUACCUAUCCAUAAUAAUAACAAUCAUAAUCAUAAUACUAAUCAUAAUGGUAAUCAUAAUGGUGAUCAUAAUAAUGAAAUAUUACAAAAAUUUUAUCAAUUAUUUCCAAUGAUUGAAUUUCAAUUAAUAUCAAGUAUAAAUAUAAAUAAUCAAGUAGUAUCUUUACUACUAUCACCUCAGCAAUAUGUUAGGUAUCUUGGUCGAAUAAACCAAAAUAACCAAAGUAGAGAUUGUUUUGCUUUUGCUAUACAACCAACUCAUAGAAAUACAAUAUUGGGUUCAGUAUUUCUCGAAGCAUACUAUACUAUAUUUGAUCAAGAAAAUAUGCGGAUUGGAUUUACUAAUUCCCCAUGCAAUUCAUAUACAAAUAAUCCAAGUCAAUCUAUAUCUAAAGUGAAUGGAUUAAAACAAUGGAAUACAACAUAUAAAUUUAUUUUAUUCACAAAAACUUAUCAUAAAUCUAUCAAUAUUCAUAAUUAUUUAUCACCAUUAGAUUGUGCUGUUUAUAGACCAACAAAAUCUAUACAAUUAUUAUAUUUCAAAAAAUUAUAUUCUAGAAUAUUCUGGUUAUCUUCAUUAGUCAAUUUUAUCUUAAUUCCUUUAUUUAUUUUAUUAAAAGUCAAAUAUAUUUAUUAA